GUGGUUCGCGAUCUACCACUGUUCCAAUAUUGUGCAACACUUUACCAACCGUCGCAGUAAAACCGGUGGCUUUAGUGGGGUAGAAGGGGAAAUGCUGGGUUUUGCAGCCAGUGCAGGUGCGGGGAGAGCCAGUGGCUCCUGCUCCGUGGUGACCGAGGGGACCCCCAUGACGGGCCAGCUGUGGUCCUCCGUCCAGCUGGGAAUGAUGUAAGAACUCUCUCCAGUUUGGGAGCACCUCCCUCUUCAUCUACAUGAGAGUUUGAGCUUUACAGUCUCCGUGGAGACAGUUAAGCAAGUUUCGGGUGUUUUCCGGUGGGGCCUGGGAGCUGAAGAUGCGCAGGGAGGUCUGUGAGUUAAUAUUUUUUCCUGCCCUUAUUCCACUUCCUUGCAGCCCGGCCGAAGCUAAUCCAGAGCACGAUCGGAGAGCGUUUGGCCACAGUUAUUUCCGGUUUUAUUUUGUUGCCUUUUUCCUGUUCCACUCAAAGACGAGCCAGAAUUAAUUUGCUCCUAAUCUGGGAAAGCAGCCGGCGGGGCUGACCUCCGCCGCGUCCUUCCCGCCGAGCCCAGCCGGGGUGCGGGACCCAUCCUGCCGGGUGCGGGGGGUGAGCAGGGCUUUGGGCAGAGCUUCUCUGCCCUCCUGCCAGCUUUGGCAAACCUGCCCCAGCCCGCUUGCUUGGCUGCCUACGCCCGGCCAGGCUCAGCCAUGUGGGCUGUGUUUGUACACAGAUGAGUAAUACGUUCACCCGGAGCCAGCGCCGGCGAUAACGCAGCAUCCGACCCAGCCCCACUCCCAGGAGCAGCGCCGCCACCUGUCCUGAGCCCAGGGAGCAUCGCUUCAGCUGCCACUGGGCAGCCCCUUCCCCAUCCCAUCGUUUCCCCGGCGGGGUGUGAGAUGUGGCCAGGCGGGGUGUGAGGCACUGCCGGGGCUGAUCCCCAGGGAAGCUGAGCCGAAAACGUCCCUCGGAGCCGGAGCCCCAACCCACACGAUGCUGAGCCUGAAGUUACCCCGGCUGCUCAGCAUCAACCAAGUGCCUAAGGGCUACCAGGAGCAGGGGAUCCUCUUUGGGUAUCGCCCUCCAAGAAGCUCAGCAGCAGACUGCCUCCUCAGCGUCUUCCAAAUGACCAACGAGACCCUGAAUAUCUGGACACAUUUUGUGCCUGCCUGGUACUUCGUAUGGACCCUGGUGGGGCGGCUGCGAGGGCCGGGGGGCCAGGAGGACCCCCACGCCUGGCCCCUCCUCGCUUACCUGCUGACUUGCUGCAUCUACCCCCUCGCCUCCAGCUGCGCCCACACCUUCAGCACCAUGUCCACCCGUGCCCGGCACAUCUGCUACUUCUUUGAUUACGCAGCUCUCAGCAUGUACAGCCUGGGGUCUGCGCUGGCGUACUCAGCGUACAUUUUCCCAGCAGAAUGGCUCAACAGCACUUUCCACCACUGCUACGUCCCCAUUGCAGUCUUUAACACUGUCAUUAGCACCAGUCUGUCCUGCUAUUCCAGGUUUCUGGAGGCGGAGAGGCCCAGGUUCAGCAAGGCUUCCCGCACCCUGGCCUUCGUGUACCCGUACCUCUUCGACAGCAUCCCUCUCUUCUACAGGUUCUACCUGUGCGCGGCGGAGAGCUGCACAGAGGCUGCGAUCCUGGUCCACUACAAGCACACUGUCUUUGCCUUCCUCACUUGCUUCAUCUUUGCUAGCCAUCUGCCAGAGAGGCUUGCGCCAGGACACUUUGAUUAUAUUGGGCACAGCCACCAAGUUUUCCACGUCUGUGGGAUCAUUGGCACGCACUUCCAGAUGGAGGCCAUCAUGAUGGACAUGUCUGAGCGCCGUGACCGGCUCCUGCCCACCUCGCUGCUUCCCUCCUCCCUGCAGACUCUCGGGUCGAUGGGCAUCUGCAUGGCCGUGAGCCUUGCUGUCAUCGGGCUCUGCUCGAUGUCCCUGAGCUUCAUGCCAGAGCCUCUGCAGAGAGAAAAACCACACGGGCAUUAGGCUUCAGGUCUAGAUAGUAUUUAUGCUGCUCCACAAGAAAGACCCUAAACAAUACACGUAUGGUAUGGAUGAGGAGGAGUUUAUUUGCCUAUGCUCUCUGAGGAAAUAUUUAUUCAAAAUUUUCUCAAGAGCAAAACAUAUUGCACUGGUUUUUGUACAUUUAGCUUUAAAGCUAGGAACAGAUUAUGAAAUGCUUUUAAUCAAGUUGCCAUUUCAGCAGAAGAAAUAUUUAAAAUAAUCUUAACUUUUUCUGUAAAAGGGAGAUAAGUGCUAAUACUUUCCAAAGCAAUAGGCAUUCAUCAGGUCUGCCUUACAGAGGAAUCGGGGAGGCAAGUGGACGUGGGUAAUGCCGGUCAUCUGGUGACACAGAUGUCCUUGUCACCAGUUUAGACCGAUAGCCAAGAUUCCUCGGCGAAGGCACGAGCAAGGGCUCUCCCAGGGGCCCCCUAACUAAGGUUUUCACCUUGAAAGUGGCAUUAUUUUAAAACCUCAAAUAUCCAUGUUACACAGCCUUAUGCUAAACCCAAGUGCCUGACAGAUGGGGAUUGAGAGAGACUAGAGUUUGCCUACAUUUUAAAUUCAGCUAUUUUUAAUCAUUACCUGGAAGGAGUUAUUCUAGAAGAACUCUCCAUGUGACAUUCCUCCAGAAAAGCUUUUUUUGGGGUCCAAUUCACGUAGGUAAGUCCUGGGAUUUUAAUUCCCAUGGAAGAGCUGAGCUCCCGACUGUGUGGGUGAUGCAAGUGCUCGGUGGCUGACACAGCCCCAAGCACAGGGUGUGGGGGCACCGUCCUUCCCCCCUUGCACCAGACAACUCCGUCCUGCAGUCGCAGUUGAGCUCCUUCUCUAAACUUGUUUGUAGCAUCAAACGUAAACAGAGGAAGAAAUAUCUUCCCUGCACCCACGAGGUGAUGACGUGGAUUUCCUUAAAAGCACUGUUUUGUGUCAAGUGUUUAACAUGGCUGUGAAGCCGUGCUAUUCAGAAAAGGUGUUUGACACCUUGUUGAGGGCAGUGGCUGAGAAAUUCAUGACUGCCACGCCGAGGCAUCCUCUCCCGGGUGUUCCUGGAGGCACGAUACUGGGCUAGAUGGACACUUGGUCUGAGUGUGUGACUGGUGGUAGAUGUGUCACCUCUGAAGCUCUCUAUUUUCUGGUCCCACUCGAGUAGAAUAAUGUUUUUCUUGUCAUGAGUGAAUAAGAUGGGGGUGUCUGGGGAGAAUAAAACAUCAGCUGAGCAAGAAGUGGGAGUCUGUACAGUGUAGGGACAGGGGCAUUGUUAGGUGAAAGGCAGGAUUGCAGAACAGCUGAGCUGGUAAUGCACGGGGGAUCAAAACCUCUAAUUUUAAAGCCUUUCCAGAGUUAGACCUCUGCUCACCUUGCUUUCCCUUGCUGCUGCAUCUGGAUUUUAGAAGCAGAAGCAGAGAGGCCUGGUGAGAGCCUGGAGGCCUCAGCCUGGUGCGGGCGAGGGGGAGGCAGCCCGUGGGGGAGCUCGGCAGGUGGCUCCAGCCACGAGGCUGUCAUGUUGGAUUUACCCAACGCCACGCAGGAGGUACAGGAACACGUGAUGCAAAGAUUACUGCUAGGGAAUAUUAUCAAGCUUCUUGAUAAUCAUACGGGUGUAUAAUUUGUUUUGUGUAUAAUUGCCUCUGUCAAGGUAUAAUUGAUGCACUUUUGAGUGACAAUACAACGGCUCGUUAAAUAUAUUAUGGGACAAAUAAGUCUUUUGAAAAAUAGCUUUCUUUUGAAAGCUGACCAAGAUUUAUGUUAAUAUUUAUGAGCACUGGAACGUAAUUGUUUAUUCAACAGUUUUAAUUCAUUGAAAGAGAAAACUAAUAUAACUAUCGCACUGAUAUAUGCUAACCUGAUUUGUAUAGUUUCAUAAAAAUACUGUCUGUGAAAAUUAAUCACUUCGGAGAUAAUUGCUAAUAAUUGCAAAGCUUAUUUACCUUGUGUACUCGUGUGACCAGAAAGGAAUCUGGCUCUGCGUGCAAAGCAUGAUUGAAGAGUCUGUAAAAUUUA